AUGACCGACACCAGGCGGCGGGUGAAGGUGUACACGCUCAACGAGGACCGGCAGUGGGACGACCGGGGCACCGGGCAUGUGUCGUCGGGCUACGUGGAGCGGCUGAAGGGCAUGUCCCUGCUUGUCAGGGCCGAGAGCGACGGCUCUCUACUUUUAGAAUCCAAAAUAAAUCCUAACACUGCAUACCAGAAACAACAGGAUACUUUGAUUGUGUGGUCGGAAGCUGAAAAUUAUGAUUUGGCCCUUAGCUUUCAAGAAAAGGCUGGAUGUGAUGAAAUUUGGGAGAAAAUAUGUCAGGUUCAAGGAAAGGACCCUUCAGUGGACAUCACUCAGGACCUUGUAGAUGAAUCUGAAGAGGAGCGUUUCGAUGAUAUGUCAUCACCAGGUUUAGAAUUGCCAUCUUGUGAAUUAAGUCGUCUUGAGGAAAUUGCAGAACUUGUGGCAUCAUCUUUACCUUCCCCCCUGCGUCGUGAAAAACUUGCACUAGCACUGGAAAAUGAGGGUUAUAUUAAAAAGCUCUUGGAGCUUUUUCAUGUAUGUGAGGAUUUGGAAAAUAUUGAAGGACUGCACCACUUGUAUGAAAUUAUCAAAGGCAUUUUCCUCUUGAAUCGAACUGCUCUUUUCGAAGUUAUGUUCUCUGAGGAAUGUAUAAUGGAUGUUAUUGGAUGCUUAGAAUAUGAUCCUGCUUUAUCACAACCACGAAAACACAGGGAGUUUCUAACAAAAACAGCCAAGUUUAAAGAAGUGAUUCCCAUAUCAGAUCCUGAGCUGAAACAAAAAAUUCAUCAGACAUACAGAGUCCAGUAUAUACAAGAUAUGGUUCUACCUACCCCUUCAGUCUUUGAAGAAAAUAUGUUAUCAACACUUCACUCCUUCAUCUUUUUCAAUAAGGUAGAAAUUGUUGGUAUGUUGCAGGAAGAUGAAAAAUUUCUGACAGAUUUAUUUGCACAGCUAACAGAUGAAGCAACAGAUGAGGAAAAAAGACAGGAAUUGGUUAACUUUUUAAAAGAAUUUUGUGCGUUUUCCCAAACGCUACAACCUCAAAACAGAGAUGCUUUUUUCAAGACUUUGUCAAACAUGGGCAUAUUACCAGCUUUAGAAGUCAUCCUUGGCAUGGAUGAUACACAGGUGCGAAGUGCUGCUACUGAUAUAUUCUCAUACUUGGUUGAAUAUAAUCCAUCCAUGGUACGAGAGUUUGUCAUGCAGGAGGCACAACAGAAUGAUGAUGUAAGUAAGAAGUUAACAGAGCAAAAAAUAACCAACAAGGAUAUUUUGCUCAUCAACCUCAUUAUAGAACAUAUGAUUUGUGAUACAGACCCUGAACUUGGAGGAGCAGUCCAACUUAUGGGCCUGCUUCGAACUUUAGUUGACCCAGAGAACAUGUUAGCUACUUCCAAUAAAACAGAAAAGACUGAAUUUCUGGGUUUCUUCUACAAACACUGUAUGCAUGUCCUCACUGCUCCUUUACUGGCAAAUACAACAGAAGACAAACCUAGCAAAGAUGAUUUUCAGACUGCCCAGUUGUUGGCACUUGUAUUGGAAUUGUUAACAUUUUGUGUGGAGCACCAUACCUAUCACAUAAAGAACUACAUUAUUAAUAAGGACAUCCUCCGGAGAGUGCUAGUGCUUAUGGCCUCGAAGCACGCUUUCUUGGCAUUAUGUGCUCUUCGUUUUAAGAGAAAGAUUAUUGGAUUAAAAGAUGAGUUUUACAACCGCUACAUAAUGAAAAGUUUUUUGUUUGAACCAGUAGUCAAAGCAUUUCUCAACAAUGGAUCUCGCUACAAUCUGAUGAACUCUGCGAUAAUAGAGAUGUUUGAAUUUAUUAGAGUGGAAGAUAUAAAAUCAUUGACUGCUCAUGUCAUUGAAAAUUACUGGAAAGCACUGGAAGAUGUAGAUUAUGUACAAACAUUUAAAGGAUUAAAGUUGAGAUUUGAACAACAAAGAGAAAGGCAAGAUAAUCCCAAACUUGACAGUAUGCGAUCCAUUCUGAGGAAUCAUAGAUAUCGAAGAGAUGCCAGAACACUCGAAGAUGAAGAGGAGAUGUGGUUCAACACAGAUGAAGAUGAUAUGGAAGAUGGAGAAGCUGUAGUGUCGCCAUCUGACAAAGCUAAAAAUGAUGAUGAUAUUAUGGAUCCAAUAAGUAAAUUCAUGGAAAGGAAGAAAUUAAAAGAAAGUGAGGAAAAGGAGGUACUUCUGAAAACCAAUCUUUCCGGCCGGCAGAGCCCAAGUUUCAAGCUUUCCCUCUCGAGUGGGACAAAGACUAACCUCACCAGCCAGUCACCUGCAGCAAACCUGCCUGGAUCCCCAGGGUCGCCUGGAUCCCCAGGGUCUCCAGGAUCUCCUGGAUCUGUCUCUAAAAAUACGUCUCAGACGGCAGCUAUUACUACCAAGGGCGGCCUCGUGGGUCUGGUAGAUUAUCCUGAUGAUGAUGAGGAUGAUGAUGAGGAUGAAGACAAGGAAGACAUGCUACCAUUGUCAAAGAAAGCAAAGUUUGAGUCAUAA